AUGGACAGGGGCCUCUUCUACCUGACCUUCAAGCCUGAUAUUGGCAUCAACAGACAUGAGGCUCCUUACCUCAACCAAGAUGGCUAUGUCGAUUUCUCCCCCGAUGAUGUUGAGAAUCCACGAAACUGGUCCAUGACUCGGAAAUGGACUAUUACAUGCCUCGCCGUUCUACUAGCCAUGAACGGAAACUUUGCUUCAAGCAUCUUCUCAGGCAGCUUCGACUCUGUCGUUGAAGAGUUUGGCGUCUCGCAAGUUGCUGCAGGCUUGACAACCACCAUGUUUCUCCUCGGUUUCUGCGCAGGACCUUUUGUCUUUGCGCCUCUGUCUGAGUUCUACGGUCGUCGAUGGAUCUUCUAUAUCACCUUUAUCGCAUACAUGGCCUUUAACUUUCUCUGCGCUUUCCCCGCAAACUUUGAGUCGCUUCUCGUUGGAAGAUUCUUGGCUGGAGUUUUUAUCUCUGCUCCUCUGAGCACCACUCCCGGUGUCCUAGUCGAUCUUUGGGACCCUAUAGAGCGAGGAAAUGCCACUGGAAUCUUUAGCUUGGCUUCUUGGGUCGGCCCAUCGCUUGGACCUGUAGUUUCUGGCUUUGUCCAGCUAAAGAAAGACUGGCGAUGGGGCAUGUACUCUGUCCUCUGGCUCGGAGCCCUGACCGUACUCGUCAUGUUCAUGAUCCCCGAAACGCAUGCGCCGACUAUCCUCGCCAAAAAGUCCAAACGGGCUCGACAGUCUGGAAUUCCUGGUUAUGAGAAGGCCAUCAUGGAGGGAGAAGAGGACAAGCCCAGCUUGGCCCAAGUCUACAAGCUGGCGCUGACACGGCCUUGGAUUCUCAUGUUCGACCUCAUCUCUCUUCUCUGCUCCAUCUACACCUGCAUCGUAUUCACCCUCCAGUUCAUGCUCUUCAGCAUCUAUCCUAUUGUCUUCCGGGACAUGAGAGGCUGGAAUGCCGGGGUUUCACAGCUACCUCUACUCGGCCAGGUCGUCGGGGCUGUUCUUGGAGCCACUGUCAUCUUUGUCGACAGCGAGCGACGGCGAGGCAAGGAGGCGUCCGGAAAGACUCUCCUGCCAGAGGAUCGACUUCUCAUGGCCAUGUUUGGUGGUGUUGCGUUCCCCAUCACCAUGUUUUGGCUUGCGUGGUCAGCCGAACAUAAUGCCGUUCCCUGGAUUGUCCCAACGCUUGCAGGUACCUUCCUCUCAGCCGCUCUGAUGCUGGUCUACGUCGCCAUUAUCAACUACCUCACCGACACCUACGCCCAGUACGCAGCCUCUGUCAUCGCGGCAAACACUGUUGCUCGCUCGGCCGGUAGCGCAGCGGCUCCUCUAUUCACGGCCCAGAUGUUCACCGCUCUCGGCGUCGGAGGCGGAGGCUCUCUCAUCGGAGGAGUCGCAACUAUGCUCGCCAUCAUCCCCUUUGUAUUCUUCUGGUAUGGCGCCCGCAUCCGAAGAAAGAGCAAGUACGCCCUCGUCGAGCCUGAUCAGAUGGAUAAUAUGGAUGAGGAGGCGGAUCCUACCGAUUACGGUGUCCAGGAUGGCGAGACUCAGCACACGGGUGACAUGGAUGAGCCUGAUGCCACCAAACGCUCUGACGACGCAUGA